AUAGCCCGAGUACUCUUUUUGCUCGGGCUAACCUAUCUUUCCUGACAAGAAAGAGGGGAGUUGACUAAGCCAACUAAUACUGGUUUUGCCAGCUCCCCCAAACGGUAGAAUCUUUGCAACAAGAGGCUUUGUCAUUUGGGGAGCUGGUAAAACUAGAAUUAGUUAUUUUAGUUAACUCACCUCUUUCUUGUCGGAAAAGAUCGGUAAGCCCAAGCAAAAAGAGAGCUCGAGCUGUAUGAAGCUUAUAUUCAAACAUCCUUUGUUUUUCUUUGUUAUCAUCUUAGCUGCUUUAAUAGUCUUGAGUUCAGCCUUAUUUAUCUCUUUUGCAAGUAUUUUAACCCCCGAGUGAAAUUCAUUCUCAUAUAAAGAGGAGACGUUCAAUUAUGGAAUUUUUGACUGCAUUGACUGCCCUGUUGGAUUUGAGCAUACAAAUCCUAACUGUGUAUACUCUCUUUCAUGUAGCCAAGACUCAUCAUCUGAUCUAUGUUCAACUGGCAAAAAAUUAAUACAAGCUCGGUCAAGUGUGAUUUCAUGCGAAACAGUGGCAGGGGUAUUAACAAUACUUUUAAUUGAAAGAUAUAUCUACAUGCUCAUGAGAAGAGGGUAUGGCAAAGUCUGGAUUUUUUACACCUUAAUAGGUCUAAUUACUGGAUCAAAACUGGCUGGUUUUUUAAGUUACAUUGAACUUACGAACUCAAAAAUUAGCUCCAGCUGUGAUACGAACGAUGAAAUUUGUAAUAAUAACGGACCAUAUUAUAUGCUUACUUCUCUUAUAUUAAGUGCGAUCGGUUGUGGACUCGGAGCUGUUGUGCUGAGAUUUAGGAAUAAAAAACUUGAUAAAGAAAAGAUUAUUGAAGGGCUAGAAUCAUCUGCUAUGAUUAGCGGCAAAGUGCUCCCAGUACUUCUGAUCGGAGCAGCAUUUACUGGGCUAGCUCUUGGAUGGGAUUGGAUAAGUUUUCAAGCUCCAAAAACAUCAACUGGGACUCUUCUUAGCAUGAACUCAUAUUAUAAAUAUGGGGAUUUUAUUAAGAAUCUAGAUUUCGACUGUAUAAGUGGCCCUGCUUGCGCCAAUAAAUCUGGACUUGCGCUGUCCCAGCGCGAAUGCAAUGCUUUUGAUAAAGUUAAUAACGCUGGGCGUGUUUAUUAUUGGAUGGUCAGUUUUUCCUUACUAUUUUUAUUAUUAUGAAUUGAGAACUUGAUUAAUGUGCUAACUCCCCUCCCUCCGUGAGAGAACAAAAAAAUCUUGUUCGCUCGCGAAGGUGUUUAAUUAUAUAAAAAACUUUUUUUUUUCGAAAUUUAAAAAAAUCCUAAUUCACAAAAAUUGGAAAGCAAGCAUUAAUUUAAUUUGUAAAAUUUAUAUUUUAAAACGCAAUUUGUUUAAAAUUAAACCAAAUUAGCUCGAGAUUUCAUUAUAAUAAAUAUCAAUUAUAUAUCAAAAUUUUUUCUAUAAAAAAUUUUACAAUUAAACUCGGAGGGUGGGCUUUUGGGAUUUUCUAAUGGUUUGGUUCGCUCACAGAGGGGGGAGUAAGGAAGAAAGAGUUUGGAAUUUCUGAGUCGAAUUAUGUUUGGCCUGCACUUUGUGUAAUUUUAAACUUAAUAGGGAUUAUCAGUUGGUUUAAUAUUAGUGGAGUCACAUAUGGAGCUAAUUGUAGGGUUAAGGCUGGGGAUAAUGAUAUUUCAUUUUGCUCAGAAGAAGGCCCAACUUUUGCAAUUAUUAGUUUAAUUUGUGAAUUUUUCGCUGCUAUGUUUUACUGCUUGCUGUAUGCCCAAAAAUCAUCCACAACUACUCAUCAAAUUUUCCCAGGUCAAAAAACACUGUCAAAGUCAAAACUUGGCAAAAUUAUUUUGGAGUAUCCUCAAUUUGAUGAUUGUAAUGUAACUAAGGAUCAAGAUAGUUCAUUUGAUAAAGAUUUAAUGAGAUCUCCAAGCAUUAUGUAUAGACCAAACACUAGAGAUACUGUUGAUAGUGAUUAUUUGUAUAACACCCUAAGACAUAAGCAAAUUCAAAUUUAUGUUAGCAGAAAAUUUUUAAAUAGUAAAUUUUACAUGGGUAGUUUAUUAUUGGGAGUAAUGACUCAAAAUUUGCAUUUUUGGCAUUUUCUAUGAAACCCUAUAAACAUUUGCCGAUCUAUUACUAUAAAAUUUACUAUUUGAAAAUUUUGGGCUAUAAGUCCAUGAAUAAGCAAGAAUUUGCUUAUUAUUUACUCCCGCCUUCCUUUAAAUAAAUCAUUGGAAAAAUACCUAAUUUUUCCUAAAAGCCCAUUCUUCGUGAAACUAAAAAAAUUGAUUUAUAUAAAAUGAUUUUAUGAAAAAACAAUUGAUAUAUUAUUGAUAAUUAUUAUCAUGAAAUAUCUAGGCAAUAAUGUUUAAUUUUAAACGGUCUGCAUUUUAAAAUAUAAAUUAAAUUAAUUUUUACUUCUCAAUUUUUGCAAAUUGGAAUUUUUUUAAAUUUUGAAAACAAAAAUCUUUUCUAGAAAUUUAUAUAUAAAUUUGUUAAAAACUUAGUCCGUGAGCGAAAAAUUAUUGUUCGCUCACGAGGGACAAAGUUAGGAAGGGAGAAGUAAAAGAAAAGAUACGCAAGAUAGUGAAAUUUAUAAAGCUAAAGAAACAUUAGCAGAAAUUUGUCUAACGUGUGAAUCACAGUAAUCUUUUAUUUAGACUUGACCAAAUUAGCAUUGUUACGGGAAAUUGCGGGCAUAAUAUUCAUAUAAAAUGCCACGGGCGCUGUGAUGGCGAAAAGCUCUGUGAAGAGUAAUUUCUAUGUAGCUGUUUGAAAAGUCUGGAGUAA